AUGAAAUACUACAGCAUGUUCUUUCUGAGGCGGCGUACGUUGAUAUUGAAAGCGGUGCUAGUACUGACGGCGUUGUGGUUCAUGGUGGCUUUGUUGACGACUAGCGGCGGUGCGAGGAACUCUAUAGUUGCUCCGCCAAUGGAGUAUGAAGAUACCGAGGCGAAACCAUUGAAAAUGGCUAAGCCUACCUCCGGGAAGAAGAAAAGCGAAUCGUAUGGAAACAAUCUGUCGGAUGCGCGGACGCGGAUUGACUGGAUUGGUCGGAUCGCUGGUGUUCCUGAAGGACUGGGCGUGAUCGCCGCCCCAGGGUCGGACAACGCGCCCGGCGAACUCGGCCAACCGGUCGUGCUGCCCAAGAACAUUAGCGAGGACGCGAAACUCGCCGUAUCCGAAGGGUGGAAGAAGAACGCGUUCAACCAGUACGUCAGCGACCUGAUCUCCAUAAGGAGGAAGUUGCCCGAUCCCAGGGACGAGUGGUGCAAAAAGCCGGGUCGUUAUUUGGAAGAUCUUCCACAAACUUCUGUUGUGAUAUGUUUCCAUAACGAGGCAUGGUCGGUGCUACUUCGAACUGUACAUUCGGUUUUAGACAGAUCGCCAGCUCAUUUAAUAAAGGAGAUCAUUCUUGUUGAUGAUUUUUCUGACAUGCCACAUUUGAUGCAACAAUUAGACGAUUACAUGUCAUCGCUGCCCAAAGUAAGAAUAGUUCGAGCGACACGUCGCGAGGGCCUCAUUCGGGCCAGGCUUUUGGGAGCUCGAUACGUAACAGCACCCGUCUUAACUUAUCUGGACAGCCACUGCGAGUGUACUGAAGGAUGGUUGGAGCCAUUGCUAGAUAGAAUCGCAAGAAACAAAACCACAGUUGUGUGUCCUGUCAUUGAUGUCAUUGAUGAUAACACUUUGGAGUACCACUAUAGGGACUCAUCUUCGGUCAAUGUCGGUGGUUUCGACUGGAAUCUCCAGUUCAAUUGGCAUCCAGUACCGGCGAGGGAAAGAGCGAGACACCAACAUACAGCAGAGCCCGUGUGGUCUCCAACAAUGGCUGGUGGUCUCUUUGCUAUCGACAAGGAAUUUUUCGAAAGGCUUGGCACUUACGAUAGCGGCUUUGACAUAUGGGGCGGGGAAAACCUGGAAUUAUCCUUCAAAACGUGGAUGUGCGGCGGAACUCUGGAAAUAGUUCCGUGCUCCCACGUCGGUCACAUCUUCAGGAAACGCUCACCUUACAAAUGGCGGACCGGCGUUAAUGUAUUGAAAAAGAAUUCAGUCCGUUUGGCGGAGGUCUGGUUAGAUGACUAUGCUAAGUAUUAUUACCAAAGAGUGGGUAAUGACAAAGGUGACUAUGGUGAUAUUACUAGCAGGAAACAGCUUAGGGAGAAUCUCGGGUGCAAGUCGUUCGAAUGGUAUUUGAAGAAUAUAUACCCUGAACUAUUUAUUCCUGGAGAGUCUGUCGCGCAUGGAGAGAUCAGAAAUGUCGGCUUCCAAAAGACUUGCUUGGACUCUCCAACGCGCAAGUCCGACCACCAUAAGCCAGUCGGACUAUACCCGUGUCACCGGCAGGGAGGAAAUCAGAUUCGAAAUCAAGCGUUCGCUAGAAAAUACUGUCUCGAUGGGGAGACUUUAGAAGAGGUUGCUGACGCCACGGGACCCAUCAUGAUCCACAAGUGUCAUCGCAACGGUGGUAAUCAGAUCGCGAAUCCUUCCACGGAAAUGUGCAUCGACUCGGGUGCGGUGCCUGAGGACAUGAAGAAGCCCGUCAACGUGUGGCCUUGCCACGGGGAAUACGGCAAUCAGACGAAGCUAUUGAAGCACGGCUCUAGCGAGAAGUGCAUGACGAUAUCGCGCAACAAGGAUAAGAUCGUCAUGGAGACGUGCAGCGAAGCGGAGCCGAGGCAAAUGUGGAUCAUGGAGAAUUUCAACGCAGACCGGUUAAGUCCGGAGCUUACGGCCGAG